AUGGCAGCGAUAGAUUUUGCGCGGCUGCGCAACCAAACGAUGGCCGAUGGCUUCGACAGCGAGGUCACGGUCAACACCCGGGCUUUGAUAGACAAAGUUCUAGCGCGUUACUCCAGCGAGCACACAACCUUACGAGAAUUGAUACAGAAUGCUGCAGAUGCGAAAGCAGAUCAAGUCAUCAUCAAAUUCGAGACCGACCCAUCUCUUACUGUUCCUACACCUCAAGGCGCCGAUGACCCUAUUCUACUGAAGCACAUCAUUCAACAUCACACCCUCAAGCGACUCGUUGUUAGCAACAAUGGUCAACCAUUCACGCCCGCGGAUUGGAGUCGUUUGAAAAGCAUCGCGGACGGUAAUCCGGACGAAACGAAGAUUGGGGCUUUCGGUGUCGGAUUCUACAGCGUGUUUGCCGAUUGCGAUGAGCCCUUCGUCGUUUCAGGAGACAGGACUAUGGCGUUCUACUGGAAGGGUAAUAUGCUUUCAACCAAAGCUGCCCCAGUACCGACUGAACAUGAAUCGAGAGACACCAUUUUCAUGCUGGAAUACCGGCAAGCAAAAGUCGAAUCUGCGUCUUACAACCCAUCAAAGCUUCCGAAUCUGCCCACGUUGUGUCAGUUUCUGGCCACGAGUCUCACGUUUGUUGGUCUGCAAAGUAUCGAGCUUCACGUGGACGACUACGUCGUUGCGUCGUUCACCAAGAAGAUAUCACCUCCAGAAAUGGUCCGUGUGCCUAACGGACUGAAGACUGAGACCGAAGGCGGCUUGAUGCGGGUGACUGAUGUCACGCAACAACACUCUCAAAUUGAUGCGGCCUGGAUGAACGUCAUUGCUACUGCUCAGAUACCCCCAAAGAAAGCUGCCGACCUCGUACAACAAGAAGUUCGCAACGCAGGUACCUCAUUACGGAGUUUCUUCUCGAAAUUUGCAUCGGUGCCUCCUCCGCCGCCCACGAAGAACGUCAAACCCGCGGCCGAGAAGACCAAUACUAUUGAAGAGAUAGCAGGCGAUUCGACUGGCACCAUCUUCUUGCAAGUAUGCACUGUGGUGGCGGCCACUAAAGUCUCACGAAAUUUCGCUGCGGAGAUUGAGCGCGCAACCAAGAAGUCACCUCCGAAGACGACCAAAAUCGCUCUUUUGACUUGUCCAUACCAAGAUCCGUCAGCCACGCUGGCCACGGGCUCUGGCAGUUCAGCUGCGCUUGCCGACAAGAUCUUUGCAGAAGUUCUUCCCACAAAAUCUGGACGGAUCUUUAUCGGAUUUCCGACUGCCCAGACGACUGGCUACCUCGCGCACAUCUCUGCGCCAUCUCUUAUCCCGACGGUUGAGCGCGAGAAUGUCGACAUGAACGCUCGCUACAUUUCUACCUGGAAUAUUGAGCUUCUGCGCGUUGCAGGGUUGGCCUGUCGCAUCACCUACGCAGCAGAAUUGGCAGCUUUGCAGACCCAAUUCGGCAAGGAACCCAUAGAGACUUUGAUCACGAAGACUGCUUACGUGUUCAAACAAUACACGGCCAAAUCAUCGCACCCUUCUACAUCCCUUGGAGAUAAGAUCGACGAGGCGUUCUGGAAUUGUUCGAAAGAACGAUCCAUCGACAUCCUUUCCACCAAGGGCGUCAUGUCCAGUAAGCGUGUGCGUAUGCCUGCAGAAACUCUAAGUUUCCUGGGAGAAGUACCCAUGGUCCCACAAGAACUCGCGAAUGCAGCAGUCGACUUCAUGCUCAAUUUACACAAUCGCGGUUUCAUCACAGAGCUUACAAUGCAGGAUAUUCGUCAAGGAUUAGAAUCACGAGCACUCAGCGAGGAUGAACUCUCCGAGUUCCUAAAGUGGUGUGGAUCUAAGCUGGAAAGCGGCGAAAUCGAUGUGCCCGGCUCUCGUAGCUUGUUUGAAAAUACAGUCGCUAAUAUCGACAUUGAGCCAGAAAAGAACUCUGGCAGGAUACUGGCUUUGGGCGAUAUCAGCACGUUCGUUAACCCAGCGCGUAUUGGUGCACAUCUACCUCUUCCGCCAGACACUAUUCCUUUCACCUUCACCAGAGGCAUGUCGAUCAAACAACUGCAACUCUUCGGCUGGGUGGAAUUGUCAAUGGUUCGCUGGCUUCGACACAUGACAACACGUCCGCAGCUAGACGAAUUUACCAAGGACGAAAACCUUGCUCUCUCUGUGCUAACACUGACAUCCAAGUGCUGGGAACAGCUCGAUGGAAAUUCCAAGGAGACGGUUGUCAAGAUUUUGACCCCACACACAAUCCUGCCGACGAAGAUGGGCAUGCGACGCCCGGCGGAGUCGUACUUUCCCACUGUUAAGCUCUUUGACGAUCUGCCAACCGUGACACCGUUUGCAGGCUCAAAGGAGAAGUUCCUAUUGGCGCUCGGUGUUCGGAAGACCAUCGAUCUUCCUAUGGUGUUUGAUCGAAUGCGCAGUCGCGACGCGCAACAGUCCGAGAAAUCCGAGAAGCCGACUUGGAAUCACGUUGACCUUAUCCGCUACUUCGCGUCGGUCAUAAACGAAAUACCUGCGAAGGAUCUUAGUCGUCUACAGCAGACAGCGUUCUUGCCUGGAGAAGGUACUCUAGUAAAACCUGGCGAGCAGUUCAAAGCUUCAGACCUUUAUGCCCCCGACCCGGCUAUUGUAGCUCUAGGCCUGACUCAGAUCAAGCUGCCUUUCGAAUUCAAGCCCACUACACGUGAGGGUGUAUUGCUGCUGCGUCUUGGACUACGACAGUGCCCAGAUUCCAUCACCGUCGCAAACAUACUCCAUCGCGCCGGUCAAGCCAAGGAUCUCCAGCUGUACAUGCGUGCGAUGGAUUACCUGUUAACGAACUACUACAAGAAUAACUACGCUGUAGAGCAUCAGAAGUUCGCUGCCCUCACCCUUCCGAUUUUGCCGACAGAACAGGCUCCCUUCCCGGCGUUGGUUGGUCCGUUCCAGUGCUACACCAAUGAGCACGCAGCAUGCCUAGGAUUUCCCAUUUUAAGAAGCGAUCUUCGGAGUCAUGCCGAGAAGCUAGGGGUUCAGCGCGAUCCAAGCAUAGGCCCAUGUGUUCAAUACCUCAUGAAGACACCUCCCAAGACUAAGCUUGAUGCAGAAAUGCAGUUUGCCUAUCUUGCCUCGCGCGGAUCCGAGUUGGAUCAAUACAAAGGGCUCAUACAGAAUCUCGCGACUUCCAACAUCGUACCAAUCUUUCGGAAGUAUUACCUUGACCCCGCUUGCAGCGGAUUUGAAGACAGAUCCAAGAACCAAACUGGCAAGACCGAGAUGCGCAUCCAUCACUACGAUCCACCCGAGCAUGUUUUCGUGGGUCGUGAUCAAGAGUACCGUGGCAUCCUCGAUUACGUUCACUAUGGCGCGGAAGCUACAGUCUUCCUUCUCAAGGUUGGCGCAAAGCACGAGCCGACUACUCAUGAUCUAGCGUACCUCCUCGCAAAGAAUCCUGCUCGGUUCCUCAACACCAUUGGGCAAGAGAAAUAUCUCGAUUUGCUGAGAAAGCUGGCCGAACAUGCUCCGAAUCUGUGGAAGGAUAAGGAUUUGGUCAAAUCACUUAUAGCAUCGAGGUUGCUUCUUGGCUACCGCGAUAUCAAAGAGGAUAGUAAGAACGUCGCCGAUGCAGGCGAAGACGACAUUGAUGAUCUUGAUGAGGACAACGUCCACCGCGAGUGGUCGCUCAACAAAGCUGGCGAGAUCGUGAUUAUCGAUAACGUUAACUAUAUGACCCGGUUCCGCGACUUCAUCAUCGCAGCUCCACAGGAAGAGCUUCUCGAAGAGUUCUACGCUCGAUUCGGUGUCCAGAAAGUCUCGGAGCUGGUCAAGACUGACCAACGCAUCGGCACAGUAGCGCGCGACCAGACACCUGCUCAAGAUCUUCGACGAGACAUCCUGGAGCGUGUACGUCUCUUCCUUCACGAGUAUGAACGCGAUGCUUCUUCAAAAGCUAUCAGACAUGACGCCAAGUGGCUGGGUUCUAAUCUGACGGUGCAAUGCGUGUCAGAUAUCUCCAUCCGUUAUUCUCUAGCGGAACGAAAUGUCGCAACAUCUUCACGUAAAUCGGCUGUUAUCAUCAAGGUGCGUGGUACGGGGUACGUGCUCAGCAUCACGCCGAAAUACGAUCUGUACGAGGUGUCAAGCGAACUGGUAAGGCUACUCGUAUCGCGGCCGAAGCGCAACGACGCGAUCGCGCUGGAGCGCAUCUUGACUGAGCCUCUACGCCGACUCCAGCAAAAGGGUAUCAAUGUCGAGCGUAUUCUACGAAAAAAAGAGCAUGAAGCGCGUAUCGCCAAGCAAGCCGAGCAAGAGCGCGAAGAAGAGGAACAGCAGCGAGUUGCCGAACAGGCCAAGUCGGGUCAUGUCAAGUCUGAUGAUAGAGAGAACAUUCCACCACCUGAGACCCCCGAGAAAGGCAAGCAUAUGCCUGGUGCCUUUGGUAGUCCAGAGGGUGGCAUGGAGAUCGCCAAUCACGGCCGCCAACCAGAGGAGCAGGGUCUCAUCAACAACUGGGCGAAGAAGCUCGGUUUCAAGAACGCGCCUAGCGCACCUGCCUCCUCCUCCAAGGGUACAGACGGCCCCCAGAUCAGUCGCGACAUCCAAGCCACGAAAUCGAACAUCCAGAAUGCUAUCAAGGAGUGUCGGCCCACUGGUAUGGAGAACAUCAACACCAAACAUCACCAGGACCCGACAGAACUCGACCGUGGAGGUUACUGUACCGGCGAACAAUGGGAGAACCUGCACAAAGCGUUUUCGGUGCCUUUCUCUGGCCGUCACGUCGACAUCUACUAUGGCCGCGACGAGACUGCACCGCUCACCGACCUGCAAUCUCACCUCCAAAAAUUCCUACCGCUCAUCUUUGGCCUCACAUCAAUCUUCAGCGUCAACCCUGCGGCGGUAAAUAUCUUCCUCGACAAGAAGUCUAACACGGUGGCGUUCAACAUGAACGGUAGUCUGUUCUUCAACCUUGCUUGGUUUAUCGCCUUGCAUAGCGACGGAUGCCAGACUAAGGAAGGGAAGCUCACAGCUCUGGACAGUUGGUUCUGCACGUACUGUCACGAGCUUGCGCAUAAUCUUGUGGCUGACCACAAUGCGCGACAUAGCUGGUACCAGCAGCAGAUAAUCAUUGAGUAUAGUCAGCAGUAUCGAGCUGCACUGGAGAACUUUACACAGGGUCUUUUGAUAUAG